AUGCAUUUCAAUCAANUGGCUAACAUGGAUCACCGACAACAUUCAGCAUCAUUUAAUAUCGCGGACUUUCUACAAUCGAAAUUCCAUCCAACAUUUACACCGAAUCGUAAAAAGUUAACCUUAAAAGUCGACACACGCGGAUAUCAACCUGAAGAACUGACUGUGCGUCUAUUGGACGAUAGUUUAUUAGUACAAGGAAAGAAAGCUUCGUCGUCAUCCAAAACAUCGGACAGUAAGCAAUUUAGUCAAAGUAUUCGUCUACCUGAUGGAAUUGAUAAAUGCAAUGUUACGUCUCAAGUUAUGGAUGACGGAAUGCUCUUUAUUGAAAUACCAUUGAUUAAUUCAUCCAUGUACCGAUGA